UUGUACAGCUGUCGUGUCGAGGCUUCACCACCUUGUCCGUGUGCAGUGUUCCAACAAGGCAACAACUCAAACAUUGUCAACUGUUUCAGUUUGUUGAGGUUAUACCACCUUCCUCCAAUCAAUAUACUCUACCUAUCUAUCUCUUCUUCUUUGCAAAUCAACAAUGGGUUUGGAUUUGUUCUUUUGGUUUGUGCUUUGUUUGCCUCUCAACUUUGCUUUUUUAGCCUCAACGUUCUACCAGGUUUUGAUGUUGUCUGACUUGGAAGCUGACUUUAUCAACCCCUAUGAUGCUGCAUCUCGGAUUAACUACUUUAUCGUUCCUGAGUUUAUUGGGCAGGGAUUGUUGUGCGCUUUCUGCCUUUUAACUGGUCAUUGGAUCAUGUUUUUGAUUACGGUUCCUGUUACAUGCUAUCAUGUGAUGCUGUACAUGAAACGGAAGCAUCUCAUUGAUGUUACUGAAGUGUUUAGGUUACUUAAUGCUGAGAAGAAAUUUCGGAUAGCCAAAAUUGCUUAUUACUUAACAAUCAUCUUUAUAUCUAUCUUCAGGCUUGUAUUGAUGCUUGUCUACUAUUUAGAUUCUGAAGAUGAAUGAAGUGGACAAAACUUUCAAUACCCACUACUUAUGGUGUAAGGUGGUGCGUCUUUUUCAUUUUCUCUUUUUUUGAGGGUGUGAUUGAGUUCUAUAGCAUAACAUUUAGAACUAAAAAAUCACAGCUGUAGCCUCUAGGAGGAAACAAAAAUCUGUCACUAAUUUGAAUGAAUAUUGCCAACUCAGGUAUACCAUUGUUUGACUCCGGUUAAGCAUGAUCCCUAGAAAUAGCUUGCCAACUGAAUUUUUAUGGUAACUAAUUAUCAUAGAAUUGAAAGAUUAUAUUUGGCAAUGGCAACGGGUGAUUUGAAGAUUGCAUAUUAUUUGGGUGUCAUAAGAAUGCUACAACUUGUUAUAAAGUAGCAACACCUUGUGUAAAUUUAGCAUGAACUAUUGUAAUUGUAAUACUAUUACGAGGCUUUCAAGUCCACCGUGCUCGUUUUUAUUUUUUGCGUGAAAGACUAAUUUUUCUUC